AAUGGUUUGCAAGUGUUCCUAAACAGUCACAUACCAUCAAACGAAUUUAAACUUGAAUAAUCUAUAUAGUUUGCUACAAAUGGUAUAUAUGGGUCAUUAAGCGAUGCUGGAGACUAUUUGGUAACUUGGGAUUAUUCAUCUUAUGAAAUUUAAAUUCGAAAAUAAUAAGAAGAAUGAUAUUCAAAUUUAUUAUUACCAUUUAUAAACAUAUCAGGUUUUCAACUUUACCAGUCAAAUAUUUACAAUCUAUUGA